CACGCAGAGGAAGCCUAUUCAUGUCACGCUGAAGUGCCCUGUAACAACUGCUCGGACAGGCUUGUCCCUCUUGUGUGAUGUCAUCCAAUGGAUGAGUGGCUGGCGGCUGCGAUGCGCAUGUAUGCAGUCCAGUGCCUGAACGCAUCACAGCGAACCGCACUUGACAGCUUGCCAGGUUGGAGGGGGGGAGAAAACACACCAUUCAGGGGAGGAAACCAGACCUGCUGAAUAUCCACCAGCAGCCAGCCGUCAUCCGCAUCCCGCAGACAUCUCAUCGACAUCUCAUGCGCUUCAUUUUCUGGAUUAAUUAUGUUUCUAUUCUAACGCACAGAUGACAGCGUAACCGAGGCGGUGAGCUGUUAAGAAAACCCAAAACACAGGCGCUUUGUUGAAAAGGAUCUGUUGUGAGUGGACAUGAAUUCGGCGGAACAGACGGUUACGUGGUUGAUUACGCUCGGGGUGCUGGAGUCGCCGAAGAAGACCAUCUCGGAUCCUGAAGCGUUUCUGCAGACCUCCCUGAAAGAUGGGGUGGUUUUGUGCAAGCUGCUGGAGCGGCUCAGCCCGGGCUCCACUGAGAAAAUUUACCCUGAGCCGAAGAACGACGGCGAGUGCCUCAGCAACAUAAAGGAGUUUCUUAAGGGCUGCACAUCGUUUCGCGUCGAGCCGUUCGAGGCCAGUGACCUGCUGCUGGGGCUGAACUUCUCAAAGGUGCUCAGCAGUCUGGUUGCUUUGAAUAAAGUGACAGCAGAUAUUGGCGUGGGCAGUGAUUCGGUGUGCGCCCGGCACUCUUCAGCCCAUCGCAUCAAGUCGUUCGAGUCUCUGUCCUCUCAGGCUUCACUCGGCCGAACCUCCAAGCUGCUGCAGAACCAGUUUCGCAGUCUGGACAUGUCAGAAAACAGCGGACAGCAGCUGCUGGUGAAGGCGCGUUUUAACUUCCAGCAAACCAACGAGGAUGAGCUCAGCUUUGAAAAGGGCGACAUCAUCAGCGUGUGUCGUCAGGAGGAUGGCGGCUGGUGGGAGGGGUUGCUCAACGGAAGGACUGGGUGGUUUCCUAGCAACUAUGUUCGUGAGGUUAAAGGCUCUGUGUCCCCGAAGUCUGGCACCCUGAAGAGCCCGCCUAAAGGUUUUGACACCUCUGCAAUCAGCAAGACGUACUACAACCUGGUGUUACAGAACAUUCUAGAAACAGAGACAGAAUACUCCAAGGACCUCCAGAGCCUCCUGACAAACUACCUGCGACCUCUUCAAAGCAUUGACAAGCUGAGCAGCUCAGAUGUGGCUUUGAUUCUGGGAAACUUGGAGGAGAUCAGCACCUUCCAGCAGAUGCUCGUUCAGUCGCUGGAGGAGUGCACCAAGCUUCCAGAGAGCCAGCAGAAAGUGGGAGGCUUCUUCCUCAACCUGAUAACACAGAUGAAGGCUCUUUAUACAGGUUACUGCUCCAACCACCCCUCGGCAGUCAACGUGCUGACCGAGCAUGGUGAUGCAUUAGGAGAGUUUAUGGAAGGAAGAGGUGCAGUCAGUCCUGGGAUCCUCACCCUGACUACAGGCCUCAGUAAACCCUUCAUGAGACUUGAUAAAUACCCCACCUUACUCAAAGAGCUGGAGAGGCACAUGGAGGAGAGUCAUCCAGACCGGCCUGACAUUCAGAAGUGUAUGGUGUCUUUCAAGAGUCUAUCUGCUCAGUGCCAAGAGGUACGGAAGCGCAAGGAGCUGGAGCUGCAGAUUCUCACAGAGUCCAUCCGGCUGUGGGAGGGGGACGACAUCAAGACCCUGGGCUCUGUGCUCUACAUGAGCCAGGUCCUAGUCCAGAGUCCUGGAUCAGAGGAGAAGAGUGAGCGUUACCUCAUGCUCUUCCCUCAUGUCCUCCUGAUGCUGUCUGCCAGUCCCAGGAUGAGCGGCUUCAUAUUCCAGGGAAAGUUGCCUCUGGCCAGCAUGACUGUAUCCAAACUAGAAGACUGUGAAGCUCAUAAAAACGCCUUUGAGCUCAAUGGUACGAUGUUUGACCGUCUCACGGUGGUGUGCACCAACCAGCAGGACCUGCAGGACUGGUCUGAACACUUGACCCGACAGAUCAAGCACACAGCUGCAACAGCGCCCAGCCACAAACCGCUCACCGUUCCCUGCCACACGCUACCAUCCCACCCUCUCACCCCAUCCCGGCAUGCUGAGGGGAGAUCCAUGACGGUGGCUCCCACCUACCACACCCUGCCUCACCCGUCCUCACACGGCACGUCUCACAGCACCAUGAUGUGGGGUCCACUGGAGCCACCCAACACCCCGAAACCCUGGAGCCUGAGCUGUUUGCGGCCCGCGCCUCCUCUACGUCCCUCUGCAGCCCUCUGUUACAAAGAGGAUCUCAGUAAAAGCCCUAAGAGUGUGAAGAAGCUCCUUCCUAAGCGUAAGCCUGAAAGGAAACAGUCUGAGGAAGAAUUUGCCUUGAGGAAGAGUACUGCUGCUCUGGAAGAAGACGCCCAGAUCCUGAAAGUUAUUGAGGCGUACUGCACCAGCGCCAAAACCAGGCAGACUCUGAACUCCAGACCACGAAAGGAAACAGGGCUUCAAAUGAUCAUCCCUGGGGAGAGGAAAGUCCUGGUGGAGGGUCCCAAUCGCAACGGACAGAGUGCAGCGGAAGAGAAGAGCCUGGUGGAUGUGGUCUACGCCCUUAGGGAUGAGGUUCGAGAGCUGAAACAGGAUAACAAGAAGAUGAAGAGGUCGCUGGAAGAGGAGCAGAGAGCACGGAAGGAUCUGGAAAAGGUUGUGAAGAGGGUUUUAAAGAGUAUGAAUGACCCGACCUGGGAUGAGACAAACCUUUGAGGAGCUUGGGCGCCAUCUCUACCUGAAUAUUUAAAAGAAAACUAGAUAAAGCAUGUAUGUGUGGGCUUGCUUGAAAUGCACACCAUGACACACCUAACUUAAAGCUGUUUAUUUCAUUGAGAAAGCAGUGAAUCCGUCAGCAGGUACUUUUGUGCUUGUCUGAGAUGGAUGUGUGUGUUUGCUUUAAGAUGAGUGUCAUUGCUGCCUGUCUGGUUUGGUGAUUAAACACAGGAAUCACUGUGGAAGUGCUGAACAGGCAUGACCAUCUAUUCCAUGAUUACAUUCCUAGAAACAUAAGGAGAUUACACUCAACCCGCAGUGUAUCCAUCACUACAACAUUCAUCAUCAGUGUCUUUGGAUGUGUUCAAUAAAGCUGCAGAACCAUU